AUGGAUACUCUCAUGAAAGUAUUUGACAAAGCCAUUGAAUCUCGAUUGGAUAGAAGAUGUACUUUUGUUGCCCUUGGUGGUGGUGUCAUUGGUGACAUGUGUGGAUAUGCUGCAGCUUCUUUCCUCCGUGGUGUCAAUUUCAUUCAAAUCCCUACAACUGUUAUGGCACAGGUGGAUUCUUCGGUUGGGGGCAAAACGGGAAUAAACCACAGAUUGGGAAAAAACUUGAUUGGAGCAUUUUAUCAGCCACAGUGUGUGCUAAUAGAUACAGACACAUUAAACACAUUACCUGAUAGAGAAUUAGCUUCAGGUCUUGCUGAGGUCAUCAAGUAUGGGCUUAUUAGAGAUGCUCCAUUUUUUGAGUGGCAAGAAAAGAACAUGCAAGCUUUGAUGUCCAGGGAUGCUGAUGCUUUUGCAUAUGCUAUAAAGCGUUCAUGUGAAAACAAGGCUGAAGUUGUAUCUCAAGAUGAAAGAGAAGGUGGUUUAAGGGCGACACUAAACCUGGGGCAUACAUUUUGGUCACUACUUUUUUGGGUACAGGCAAUAGAAACUAGCUACGGGUACGGACACUGGCUUCAUGGAGAAGCAGUUGCAGCUGGCACGGUAAUGGCGGUUGACAUGUCAUACCGCCUUGGUUGGAUAGACGAAUCCAUAGUCAAACGAGUCAACUCCAUCUUAAAACAAGCCAAACUACCAACCACCCCUCCCGAGAUGAUGACCGUAGAUAUGUUCAAAUCUGUCAUGGCCGUGGAUAAGAAGGUGGCUGAUGGAUUACUAAGACUAAUACUCUUAAAAGGUCCACUAGGAAACUGUGUUUUCACAGGAGAUUAUGACCGAAAAGCUCUUGAUGAAACCCUACUUGCAUUUUCCAAGUCUUGAUUUUAGGUAUAGUUUUUGUUCUUCUUUGAUGUGUAAGGCUUUUAUACAUGCCAAAAUAUGAUAUUAUUAUGUAUCACAAUUGGCUUUUAGUUAUCGUUUUUUUUGGUGUAUUCAUGUUUGAUAAUAACAUUAGGUGAUGAGUGUGUGUUGUUUUAUAAUGAUAACCAGUUCACGUUCUAGCACCUAAAGUUGUCUUUGUUACAUAGGGGAGGACUAGACAACCUUUUUAAGACUAUUUUAAAUGAUGAAUGCGUUUACGUCUAUUGCAUAUAAUGGAUCAAAUACAAG